AUGGUCGCGAGUGGUUGGUUUUGAAAUUAGCUUUAAAAAAUAAAUAGAAAAAUAGAAAAUCGUUCAUUUAGUGCAUUAAAUCAGUGACGUUUACUUUUAUUCUGAUCUAAUCGAUAUAAAUUUUGUUCGAAAAGCAUCCAAUUCUCAAAGAUGGAGUUCAGAGAUUUUUUUUCCCAAAAAUUUGCUUCACGAAAAAGUUUAUCAAACCAAUCACUUUUUCCUUUACGCUUCGACUAUCACAUUUUCUUAUCAAAUCAAAUGCGCCAGAGUUCUUUUUUUUUCUCAUCCAAAAUGUCUUAUAUAAUCAUUGUGGAGUGAGGAACGCACCAACCCUCGCCUUCUUAUCAUUUAUCAAGGCGAUUAUGAUAGGCCAGACGUUGGUUAAACCAGUCAAUCACCUCUUUCACGUCGCUUCGCUCGCUGAAAGAUCUCCGCACCUUCUUUUUCCUUUCGACUUUUUAGAAUGGCUCAAGAUAUUUUGGCACUUGAAACGGCCAAUACUUUUCCGAACCGUGCUUUAUCCGAACCAAAUUCCGAACCAAUGAUUUAUCCGAACCUACUUUAUCCGAACCACCCUAUGCUUUAUGCGAACCACUGUUUUUUUAGAAUGCAUGCUUUAUCCGAACCACUUUUUGUAAAAAGUUUAUUACUUUUUUACUAUUUAAAUGCCGUUUUCUUAGCUUUUUGCGAUGACUAGUUGCCCCAUAAGACUCAAUGACCUGGAACUAGAAUUUUCUGUCAAUUUCUUUUUUCGAAUUUCUUGUUAUAUGAGUUUGAUUUUUCGCUCAUAUUUUCUAAAACAUCCAAAAACUGAUCUUCCAAAAUCCAUCUUAUUAUUCAAGACUCUGAAGGUAUAGAAAAAAAUUGAACUCGAGCUGAAAAAGAAUAUGGACAUGCCCCGGUUAAACCUUGUUUCCCAACAAAGAUCGCUUCUGGACGUUUUUCCUUGAACAUUUCGAUGCCUGUUGGUUCAUCGUAGGAGAAUCUGCGAACGGCUCAUUAGAAGAAGUUCUCUCGAGUUCAGUUAUUCGAAUGAGAUUUUUCUUUAUGAAAGUUUCUAGACAGCUUUAUGUAUGGUUUUUGACAGAUAUUAUUUCUUAAUAUCGCCGCCUUUUUGUGAUCUUUCACUUCUUCCAUGCAUGUUGGUUCUUCGUAGGGGAAUCUGCGAACAGCUCAUUAGGACGAAUCCCCUCGAAUUUAGAUAUUCAAAUAAGAUAUUUUCUUUAGAAAAUUCUAAGAAGGUUGAAGAAAGGCUUUUCAAAGCUGAAAUAAUAUUAAUCAGCGUUCUAAAAGUGAAUGAUAAAUAAUAAAAAGAUCGAAAUGAGUUCGAACUUUUGCUGGCUCCAGCCCAACCCAUUCCAUUCAAUGUUUUACCCGUUCCGACCGUUCCCUUUUUUUGAAAGCUGAUCGUUUGUUCAGGAACAUUCAAUGAUUUUUUUGUCAUCGAACAUCUGUUGUUUUUUUCAACAAUAAAUUAGUCCAAAUCUAGCAAAAAAAUUUUUGUUUCAGCAGGUUUUCAGGAUGUUUGAAGGAGGCUCGGAAGGUUGACGAGAGGGGCCUCGGAGAUUCGCUGCCACGGAAAUCAAAAAUUCAGAACUUUCAAACGGCUGAAAGUAAUUUGAAUCUGAGCUUCGGAUAUUCAGAAUUGCAAAUUUUUCUGACACACACACUCAAAUCAUUUCAGUCUUUAAAAAAAUAUUUCGUUCCAGAUAGUUCAGGAAAAAAAGAUUAAUGAAAAAUUAAAAUGAGAUGGAAAUUAAAUUAGACUUUGAAAGAAAUUAUUUUGAUAUCCUAAAACUUUUUCCUUCAUAACUUUAGAAAAAGGCACUCGAAAUACAAAUUGACUUCUAUGACUUAAAAAAAGAAGGGAAUUAAACUUAUAAGAGAGAAAAAAAGCUCGGAACAUUGGCAGAAAACCGGCAUGCUGGAAAGUGCGCGCUGUGCGCACUCUUUUCUCGUGCGCACGUAAGGAAAAUGCGCACUCUUUUUUCAAAUUUUGUACAGGAAAUUGCGCUCUCUUUCUAACAUCAGGAAAAUGCGCACGGUGAUUCCGCUCUUUUCUAGAUUGAAGUCCGCAUAAAUCAUCUCACUUUUGUCUUUGUCAUGAAGAAGUCUUUCAGCUAAAGAUGUAUUGAACAGCUUUUGAUUAUUUGAAAUUUUAUGGAGAAUAUUUCUUAUCAGCGAAUGAUGUGCGGUCACUUCGGAAUGAGAUCAGGUGUAGUUUUGCAAAAAGUGAGAUGCUCUCUUUUGAGACCAAGCUGAUUUCAAGCUUGGUCUCAAAAGCUGCCGCGAAAAUCUGCUAAAAAAGUGAGGGGCUCUCAAAAUAUACAGAUGUUGUCAAUCUGAUAACAUUAAACAAUACAGAGUGGAGGAAUAAUUACAGCGACAAAAAGUUUGUAGGAUUAGUUCUCGCCGACCCGAGCUUAUUUUUGUUCCAGUCAUUAUUCCUACCUAUAUAUAAUAUGAUGACCGUCGUGCCACGCUGAUUUUCAAAAAGUCGUUUCUGCCUUUUGGGCGUUUACGGAUAGGCAGGCAGGCUUGGCAAUGAAAAAAAAAAUGAAAGCCUAAAGCCCGGCCUUUAGGCGUUCAUUUUCAAUUUCAAAAAAAAGCGCGAGUUCAAGCCAGAGAUUCGAGAAAAAUUCUCACAGAAAAAUUAUUUUUACAUGCUGAAUCACAGUUUUUAAUAACUCAAUGAGGAAUAAUAAGCAAAAACCCCGAUUUUCUCGUUAAAACAGCGAAAAAAAUUCGACAUGAAGAAAAAUUUGAGCUUUUUUUGAGCCGGGCCGAACCACCAAAAAGUUCUUUCAGUGAUUUUUUUACAGCCAAGUACAACAUUGGAUCUUGAAUCAAAGAUAUUAAAUUACGCAUCAAGGCGGUUAGAAAUGGAGUUUAUUGCGACCUUCAGAUAUUAUUCGAUAAGGUUGCCUUGAAGCUCAAUUUGAACGUAAUUUUAAGGUUUCGAUUCACAAAAUUGGUAACGAUUCACGUUUAUGUAAGCCUGUCAACUGGAAAAAAAGUCGAAAAAAAGCUUUUAAAAAAACAUGAAGGAAAUUUUUUUCCGAAAAAAAUAGAGGUGUGCCUCCACUUGGCACGCUGUUUGGACGCUCUUCAUAGGAGAAUCGAGAAAGGGUGUCGCGAGACCCUCUGAGGUUCAUCGCAGGGUCUGAAGUCUCGCGAUGGUACCUCUGAGGACUUUGAGCAAAAAUUAGUGAGACUAGAGAGAGACUCUCAAGUACCCCCUGAGAUGCCUCAGAUAUAGCUAUAAGGUAUGCCGGAGGUCCCACGAUGGACACGUUAUGGGGUCUACACGAUCCAUUUUGAGAGGAAUUUUUGCGGAAAAAUCAAGGUGCCCUUCUGAUUCGUCUGUGUUUGUACAGACAAAAAAAAGUACACCAUCGAAGCUGUCAGAGUAUUUGCAGCAACACUCAGUUGCUAAUAUUAAUGAUUGGGCUAUUUUACUAUUCUUGCAUUCGAAAUACGUCAUUUUGCUUGAAACUUCGUAAAACGGCAAAACUCAGCUUUUUUUCGAGUUUCUGUAAGAGAUGAGGUCAACUCAGAGAGCAGUAAACAAGAUAAUUUCAAAGGUGUGUGCCUCGUUCGUGAUAUGAAAACCAAAUAGUUCGAAAAAAAUUAAUUAAAAAAAGAACGGAGCGCCGGCGAUUCGAUUCGAGGUCAAAUAGGCUUACUAGAGAACUUCGCGAACUCGUAUUCGCGGAUCGAGUUCAAACUUUAGUGGUUUGUAGACCUGAGCCAGAAUACAUGAAAACAAGAUAGAAUACCUGUUAAACCGGAUAGAGAACUAAGAAAAAAUUUGUAGAAAAUGCGCAGAUCAAGCCUGAAAAUUUUCAGAACACUGUGUUUUACCUUAUUUCAUAUUUCAAUACAAUCGUCUCGAAUGACCCAGCUAUAAUAAACACUUAAAAACUCUAUUCCAGCCAGAAGGAGAAAAAGCAGAAAUUUGAUAAUUUUUCAAGCCGAAACGCAGUUAACUGUUCAUUUUCAAAACGCUUUUUUUCAGUACCUUAUGGGGUUUAGCAGAUUUUAUUGCCUGUUUUAAGUACCCUUACUUAGAUCAUUAAAACACCAAAGUUUGAACUUGAUCCGUGAAUACGAGUUCGCUUAGUUCCCUAGUCAGCUCAAGCCAAUUUUUGAGUCCUUAUCGGAAAAGGUCUUAUCCGGUUAGAAGAAUGGAGUCUUGUUCUUUUUCUGUUAUCCCAUUGACUCCAUUUUUUUUGAGAAACUUCAGUGUGCCGCUUGUAACAGUACACACCAGUUUUCCUACUGACUUUUGGCCGCUCUGCUCAAAAAUUGUGGCAAAACUGAUCUCGACCAUCUGCGUGCCGCAGCCGCUACAUUUUCGAGCGGCAGUUCAUGUUACAAAAAUAUUUUAUGGAAAACUUUUUCGUAUUUUGUGAUUAAAUCCCUGUAAAACUUCAUAAAAAAAUUGUGAGUUCCCGGUCUUUAUUGACUAUUGACUAUUGACAUAUUGACAGCUCCUUCAUUUUGUUGCAGUAAUAAUUCAUCACCCUGUAAAUUUUUCUUCAGAAAUUUUUUUCGAGCCUCGAAAGGUCCUUUUAGAUUUUUUUAUUUCACAUAUUUCCUUUUUUUUAAUAUAGUUUGUCCAGAUUUGGAAUGUCAAGCAGCAAUCUCCGUCCCAAACAAAGCUCUGUAAGUGGCUCGUUCUAUAAUUGGUUUGAUCUACACAUAAGAGGCGGAGUUCGACCGAUGACUUGACAUUCAAAUUCUGAACAAACUAUAAACGCCGACUGUGGCAUUCAAGUUCUGAAAAAAACUAUAAACGCCGACUGUUCGGAAAAUAACAUUCCAAAAUUUAAAAAAACACAUUAUUAAGUGAAAGGUAAAUCAGUGUGACCAGUUUAGUGACCGCCUGGUAUUACUAUUUAAAAAGAUGAAUGCUUGAAAAAUCAGUUAUAUCAACUUCAAAUAAUCCGAAAGGACAAAAUUUGAUAACCGCGCGCAUUUUCUUGAUGUUAGAAAGAGAGCGCAAUUUCCUGUACAAAAUUUGAAAAAAGAGUGCGCAUUUUCCUUACGUGCGCACGAGAAAAGAGUGCGCACAGCGCGCACUUUCCAGCAUGCCCAGAAAACCGUAAAAAGGAACGAUUAUUUCGAAAAAAAAAACGAUUAUUUACGAAGGCGCAAAGGUUUCGCGCGCUUUCUCAUCGUUUCGAUACCUGCACUUUCUUCCCUUGGAGAUUUGCCAGCGCAAAUAAUUUUUUUCCUCUUUUUAGCAAUUCCUUCUGUUUAUUUCAUUGUAUUUUUUUAUAUAUACGUCAUGAUUUUUUUCAAAUUUAAUUAUUUGCAUGAUUACAAUAUUUGAUUUACCACUAAAAAUUUCUAUUUUUUUUCCUGCAAAUAUUGCCCUUUUUUUGUAUGUUAAGACAAGUUUGGCCUAAAAAGUUUUUUUCCUUAAACUUUUUAAUUUAUUUACCAUUUAUAUUUUUUUCUAUCCAAAACAAUUGAAUGCGAGCAGAUCUUUGACCUGCAUUUUUCAGCCAGGUUCUAGAACCUGUGGGAAUCAAGAAAAACUGCUCAAUGGAAAUAAUUUCUGACAAAAAAAUUCUUUCUGCCGUUCCGAAUACAUCUAAAAAAAGGUUUCAGUGUAGAUGACAAUGAUAAAAUCCGAUUCAAGCAUGCCAAAAAUUCACGUUCGAUUGGUUUCAGCUGUCUCCACGUUCAGUUUUAAAAAAAAACGUCUUUGAAAGUGAUUCCUGUCGGCAUCUUCUUGUUUUUUGACUGAACGCCCCUGUCGUAACCUUCCCAGCAUCCUACAAACCUCCUGAAAACCUGCUGUAUCCGGAACGAAAUAUUUUUUUAAAGACUGAAAUGAUUUGAGUGUGUGUGUCAGAAAAAUUUGCAAUUCUGAAUAUCCGAAGCUCAGAUUCAAAUUACUUUCAGCCGUUUGAAAGUUCUGAAUUUUUGAUUUCCGUGGCAGCGAAUCUCCGAGGCCCCUCUCGUCAACCUUCCGAGCCUCCUUCAAACAUCCUGAAAACCUGCUGAAACAAAAUUUUUGCUAGAUUUGGACUAAUUUAUUGUUGAAAAAAACAACAGAUGUUCGAUGACAAAAAAAUCAUUGAAUGUUCCUGAACAAACGAUCAGCUUUCAAAAAAAGGGAACGGUCGGAACGGGUAAAACAUUGAAUGGAAUGGGUUGGGCUGGAGCCAGCAAAAGUUCGAACUCAUUUCGAUCUUUUAUUAUUUAUCAUUCACUUUUAGAACGCUGAUUAAUAUUAUUUCAGCUUUGAAAAGCCUUUCUUCAACCUUCUUAGAAUUUUCUAAAGAAAAUAUCUUAUUUGAAUAUCUAAAUUCGAGGGGAUUCGUCCUAAUGAGCUGUUCGCAGAUUCCCCUACGAAGAACCAACAUGCAUGGAAGAAGUGAAAGAUCACAAAAGGCGGCGAUAUUAAGAAAUAAUAUCUGUCAAAAAACCAUACAUAAAGCUGUCUAGAAACUUUCAUAAAGAAAAAUCUCAUUCGAAUAACUGAACUCGAGAGAACUUCUUCUAAUGAGCCGUUCGCAGAUUCUCCUACGAUGAACCAACAGGCAUCGAAAUGUUCAAGGAAAAACGUCCAGAAGCGAUCUUUGUUGGGAAACAAGGUUUAACCGGGGCAUGUCCAUAUUCUUUUCAGCUCGAGUUCAAUUUUUCUAUACCUUCAGAGUCUUGAAUAAUAAGAUGGAUUUUUGGAAGAUCAGUUUUUUUGGAUGUUUUUAGAAAAUAUGAGCGAAAAAAAUCAAACUCAUAUAACAAGAAAUUCGAAAAAAAGAAAUUGACAGAAAAAAUUCUAGUUCCAGGUCAUUGAGUCUUAUGGGGCAACUAGUCAUCGCAAAAAAAGCUAAGAAAAACGGCAUUUAAAUAGUAAAAAAAGUAAUAAACUUUUUUUACAAAAAAAGUGGUUCGGAUAAAGCAUGCAUUCUAAAAAAACAGUGGUUCGCAUAAAGCAUAGGGUGGUUCGGAUAAAGUAGGUUCGGAUAAAUCAUUGGUUCGGAAUUUGGUUCGGAUAAAGCACGGUUCGGAAAAGUAUUGGCCCUUGAAACAUGGCUUCUCACAACCGUUUCCUGACCAUAAAGAUUUUCUUAUUGAAUGAAAUUCCGUGCAAAAAAAAAAUUGAAAACUUCUGUAAUUUUUCGAUUUGAGACAUGCUCCAUUCCAACAACAACACCCAUGUGCCGCCGCCUGACCAUCCCGUCAUCAAGUGAGUUUUCUGCUCUAAUCUCUCGAUUUUUCAAUCGUUUUCAGUCCGAAGAACUACGACGAUCUGUUGACAGUGGUUUCGGCGAUCCGGGCUCAGGUCGACGUGCCUUUGGAAGCUGAGAUCGGCAUCAUCUGCGGCUCCGGACUUGGCGUAAUUGGAGAUCAAGUCGAGAAUCCCAUCGUCAUUCCUUAUAGCAAAAUUCCUGGGUUCCCGGUGACAAAUGGUUCGUUUCUAUGUCUUUCACAAAUGGCUUCUAGCUAAUGCUCGAUAUAGUCUGUUUUUUGCAACUUGAAAGGGUGGGACUUCUCUGCGCCCUCUUCGUCUCUCGGCGACCCUCUUAUUUUGAAGUGCUAUUUUCAUGAUUCUGUGACCUCGCCGAUGAAAGAACAGACAGACGCAGACACUCGAAAACUGUCAAGUCGCGGCGGACAGACUAUAUUCACAGUCAAAAUGUGAAAGCCAUUCCUCAUUGCUUGAUACAGUCUGACUUGUCUGCGCUCUCUUUUCUCUCGAUGUAAUGUUGUGAAAAACAAGUGAGGAGAUGGAGAAGACAAGCUAAGCUGUUCCUUAUUGUAACGAAUGAAAAGGAAGAGCAUUAAAAGCAAAAUGAAAGGAAAUCUGUAACUUUGAAAGUUUGCAGUACCCGGCCACAAAGGAAACUUGCUGUUCGGUACGAUUGCGGGUAAGAAAGUUGUAUGCAUGCAAGGCCGGUUCCAUCCUUACGAGCACCAAAUGAACACAGCUUUGGUGAGUUUUUGUCCUGAGAAGAGAGUUCAAAAGGGAUAAAGAAAAGCAGAGUUUUUUCCGAUCUGAAACGGCGAUAGCUUGACUAGAAGGCGAAAGACGUGAAACUGUCUGCUUGUUCUAGGAUAGGAGACCUCUCGAGUAUCUCCAUAGGCGAAUCGAAAAAGAGUAUCGCGAGAUCCUCAUAGGUAUAUCGCAGGGUCUGAAGUGUCACGAUGGUACCUGGAGGAUGCCUCCGAGGACUUUGAGCAAAAAAAAGAUAGACUUGGGAGAGACCCUCAGGUACCUCCGAGAAGGCUCAGAUAUAGCUAAAAUUCAUACUGACGGUCUCACGAUGGACACGUCAUUAUGGGGUCUUCACGAUCCAUUUCGAAAGGUACCUUUGUGGACACAUUAUGAUACCUUCUCGAUUCGCCUGUGUCAACAAAGUUCCAACAAAUUCUUAAGCUGUGCCCUCUUUUCCUUCCCCUUGGCAGUCGUUGUCCAGUAAAUAAAGCUCAACAGUGCCGAUCGAAAACGCGUUAAUAUUUACGGCACGCCGUACAAAUGAAUAGAAUUUUAAUCUCGAAUAGAAAAGAGAAUAAAAAUACGAUAUUUGAUUAAUUGGUUUUAUGAUUAAAGUGCGCUCUACCGGUACGUGUGAUGCACCAAUUCGGCAUCAAGACGAUGAUUGUGUCCAACGCCGCUGGCGGAAUCAACAAGAACUUCCAAUAUGGCGAUUUGAUGCUUAUUAAGGUUGGAUUUUCUUUGUAUCACAGAGAUGUGGCAUAAUUCUCAUGGUUUGGAACACAAAAGAGUCUAUGAAACGAAUAGAAAAUUUCUAGUUGCGCUGCUUUCCAGCUAUUAGGGACUGGAUUCCAAAUUCAGUGUUAUGUCAAGUUUCCUUCAUGCUGCAGAAUAUCAACUGGCGCGAGAAGUUUCUGUCCGGCGCACUGAAUAGGUAGAAAAAAUCGCAUCGUAAAAGCGAAGAGCUGAGCUAUUUUCUUCCAAGGUGCUCAAGUCUUUUUUCCAAAUCAAAUAUUACGACAUUGUACAAAAACUUUCAAUCAACCAAUAUUUUGAAAGAUUCUAUCGAUAUAAAAGGAAGUCAAGAAACAAGAUUCUCAUUUCCAAUUUAACGAACAUUUAAAAUUGUUAGGACCACAUCUUCCUACCGGGACUUGCCGGCCACUCGCCACUCAUUGGACUGAAAGAUCCUCGCUACGGUCGUCUGUUCACUUCACUUCAUGAUGCCUACAACAAAGACUUGAGGUCCCUCAUCAUAUGGAUCAAGUGACUUGAAACACAUUUUUGAAGAAAUUUGGCGAUAGCUGUCGCCAACGCGAAGAAAAUGCGGCUUUUCGAAGGAGUUUUCGUCAUGUCUGGCGGUCCGCAAUACGAAAGCCCAGCAGAGGUCAGUUCCAUAGAUUUUGGAUGUAUGUAAAAAGUUUUGAGAAAAAUAGUUCACCUUCUUGGAAAUUUCAAAAUUAAACAUUUUUAUACUCUAUGACCCCAUAAAUUGACAAGUUCUGAUCUGUCUGCGUCUCCUCUCAUCUAACAGGCGAGGUCAUAAAAGUAUACAUUAGACGCAUGAGAAAAAAAAAGUGCCAGCGAGGGAAGUACAGAAAAACAUCUAACUAAUCCUAAAUUUUUUCAAAUCGAGUAUUUUCAAGCUCAAAUUUUACAUCUUAUCGAGCUUCAAUCUGCUUAUUGAUAUUUAGCGGAAUAUUUACCGGCUUCUUCUUCUAACUUUUUGCUUCUUGAACCAUGAACUUGUGUUCAUGCUCCAGUAGUCGUCAUAUAUAAAACCUCGGAGAUUCCUUCUCCUUGAAAUGACUUUCCAAGAAUCAAUUUCUAUUUUUCAAAUCCACUAUUUAAGGUGAACAUGUUCAAAACGGUGGGAGCAGACGCUUUGGGCAUGUCGACCUGCCACGAAGUCAUCGUCGCCCGUCAGUGCGGAAUCACCUGCCUCGGCUUCUCCCUCAUCACCAACAUGUGAUUCCGAAAGUCCCGCCUCCUUUCUACGUUUCUCCUGUUUGCAGCGCCAACUUGAACGUUGAGAACUCGGUGGAAGUGUCCCACGCCGAGGUCCUGGAGACCGCCAAGGAAGCCGGAGAACGAGCCUCGUCUUUCGUCUGCGACAUCAUCGCCAACAUGUGA